GAUGUUUACAAUGGCGGUCGCUGUUUGUAGCUAAUCAAAAUAAAAUGCUGGAUUUUUAGCUGCAGAUUUCCUCCUCUUUUUUCAAAAAUCUAACUUCGUAAAGGUUUAUCAAAAUGACGAACAGGACCUCCUAUUUCUACGACCCCGACGUGGGAAACUUUCAUUACGGUGCUGGUCACCCCAUGAAGCCCCACCGUCUGUCUCUGACCCAUAGCCUGGUGUUGCACUACGGACUCUACAAGAAGAUGAUGGUUUUUAAACCGUACAAAGCGUCUCAACACGACAUGUGCCGCUUCCACUCAGAGGAUUACAUCGACUUCCUGCAGAAAGUGUCUCCCAACAACAUGCAGGGUUUUACCAAGAGCCUCAACACCUUCAAUGUGGGAGACGACUGUCCUGUUUUUCCGGGCCUCUUUGAGUUCUGCUCCAGAUACACAGGAGCUUCUCUACAGGGAGCAACACAACUCAACCACAAGAUCUGUGACAUCGCCAUAAAUUGGGCUGGAGGUUUGCAUCACGCCAAGAAGUUUGAGGCAUCUGGGUUUUGUUAUGUGAACGACAUUGUCAUCAGUAUUUUGGAGCUCCUCAAGUACCACCCGCGGGUACUGUACAUCGACAUUGACAUCCAUCACGGUGAUGGGGUUCAGGAGGCCUUCUAUCUGACUGACCGUGUCAUGACCGUAUCCUUCCACAAAUAUGGGAACUACUUUUUCCCGGGAACAGGAGACAUGUAUGAGGUGGGAGCAGAGAGCGGUCGAUAUUACUGCCUGAAUGUUCCUCUGAGAGAUGGCAUCGACGACCAGAGCUACAGACAGCUGUUCCAGCCUGUCAUCAAACAGGUCGUGGACUAUUACCAGCCCACAUGCAUCGUCCUACAGUGUGGAGCAGAUUCUUUGGGAUGUGACCGACUUGGCUGCUUCAACCUCAGUAUACGAGGACAUGGAGAGUGUGUGGAGUUUGUGAAGAGCUUUAAGAUCCCUCUGCUGGUGCUUGGAGGAGGAGGCUACACCGUGAGGAAUGUGGCUCGCUGCUGGACAUUUGAGACGUCUCUGUUGGUGGAUGAGUCCAUCAGUGAUGAGCUGCCGUACAGUGAAUACUUUGAAUACUUUGCACCAGACUUCACGCUUCACCCCGAUGUCAGCACGAGGAUAGAGAACCAGAACUCUAGACAGUACCUGGAGCAGAUCCGUCAGACCGUCUUUGAAAACCUGAAGAUGUUGAACCAUGCUCCAUCAGUCCAGAUCCAUGAUGUUCCCUCAGAUAUGCUCAGCUACGAACGCACCGAUGAGCCCGACCCAGAGGAGAGAGGAGGAGAGGAGAACUACACCAGACCUGAAGCGGCCAAUGAAUUUUACGACGGUGACCAUGACAACGACAAAGAAAGUGAUGUAGAGAUUUGAAAUUACUGUGAAACUAAGGAACCGUUCUAUCUCCUGGUUUGAUCAGCUGCAUUUUUCACAUUUUAUCCUCAAAUAAUCAUUGAUAAUAAUAAUGGACUAGUCUUAUGUGUUUUUUAGCUCUCACAAUUUGAAGAGUAAACUAAAGAAAUGGUUUUGUCUUGUUUAAUCCUAGUUUGGUCCUGUUUAAUCCUGGUUCGGUCCUGUUUAAUCCCAGUUUGGUCCUGCUGUGGGUCCAGUUUGAGGCUUGAUGUAGAUUUGGUUCUAGUUCUGUUCUCAUCUAGUCCUGGUUUAAUCCUAGUCUGGUUUUGGUUUAGUUCCUGGCUUUGUCCCUGUUUAGUCCCAGUUUUGAUAAGGUGAUUGUGCAAGUGUGAAUGCAUUGGUUUGAUCCUGGUUUAGCCCUGGUUUAGUCCUUGUAUAUUCCUUCUGUAGACUUGUUUAGUCUUGCUCUAAUCCUGGUCUAGUUCUGGUUUGGUCCCAGUUUUGACGUGGUUUCUUCAUGCAAGUAUGAACAAUACAGUCUUACAAAGCUAUAAUAGUCAAUUUAUUUUUUUCACUCACCUCAAUCACUGUCUUGCACAGUGGCACAACAACAUGUGUAGUAGGGAUCAAACCAGCAACCUUCACGUACAGCAUUCAGUACUUUUUACUUUAUGGGCCUCAUUGAUA